AAUUAUAAUUAUUUUUAUCCGGACAAUCAAACACCGCCAGUGGAUAUCAUUGAUAUUCAAUUAUCAGAACUGGAUUCGUUAUUUGAAAAUCUUUCUUUGGAAGACUUACAAAACGUUAGAAAGCAGUUGGAUUCCGCUGAAGAUCGUUAUAUUGCCAAGAAUGUUUUAGCUAAUGAAGCUAAAAGACUCGUUAGCGCGGGAGUUUU